AUGUAUUCGUUUAUCGUUGCUGUGGCAGUCCUGUUGAACCUCUCGCAAGCCUUUCCGGGCAUGGCUCAGAAGAGAAAUAUUGCCAGUAUCACAGGAGAUCGUCUUACGACCGUGGCCGAACCAGUUCAAGCUCGAGAUACAGCUGCUGCGUACCCACCGUUCUUAGGAAAGAGAGCAGCAGAUGUUCGCUCGCCAUGCCCAGGACUCAACAGCCUCGCAAACCAUGAUAUCUGCCCUCGCUCAGGAAAAGGAUACACGGUUCCAAUACUCACCAAAUGCUUGAAGGAUGGACUGAAUGUCGGAGGAGACUUUGCAUUAGUUGUCGGUACCACUGGAAUAGGAUCCAAUCCAAACCCUCUCACUCUUCAAUUCGAUCUCGAUCAACUCGACCGCCAUAACAUCUUCAUCGAGCACGAUGCUUCACUCUCUCGCGCCGACACAAUCGCUGGCGAUAAUCACAGCUUCAACCAAACCAUUUGGGAUACUGUUCUCGACUACUACACCGGGAUGUCAGAUACCAGUAUCCCGGUCGCAGCAAAGGCCAAAUACAAUCGAGUCACCACAGAAGCGGAAAGAGACCCAGCAUUUUUUUACGGACCAGUCCAAUUCGUUCUCAGCUACGGCGAGACCGCACUAUAUCUAAGCACCAUGGGCGAUCCAAUCACCGGCGUAGCACCAAUCGAGUAUGUUCGUGCGUUGUUCGAAGAAGAGAGACUUCCGUAUCAAGAAGGAUGGAAACCGACGACUACGCCUACCACGUUGGCGACACUUGGUGCUAUGGUGCUGGAGUUGAAUGCUGCAAAUGGAGAGGUGCUACCGGAGGGAUUGAUUCUGGGAGAGAGUAGUUUGAGGGCUGUAUUCAAAGGCUUGGAUCCGAUUACUGGGGCGGUUCUGAGUCCGAUUUUGCAGACUAUUUCGGGGUUGUUGGGGGUUAUUGCGUAG